AUGGGUUUCUACAGCGUGUGCAAGUCGUUCAUCGUCUACACCGUCACCUUCUUCUCACUUCCACUUCACGAGCAUAUCGGAGUUCCCAGCACCAAUGGCCCCGAUUCACCAGACGAAGACUUUAUUUGCAAGUAUCCCGAGCUUGGAAAUGACUGGAAGUCAUGUUCUACUCCAGAGAACCGUCACUGCUGGUUGAAGAGCUCAGAUGGACACAAUUUCAGCAUUCAUACUGACUAUGAGACUAUGUAUCCGCCUGGAGUGCUUCGAGAGGAGAUAGGAGAUACACCACACGCUGGAGACAGAUUUAGCUGGUGGGCUUUCGGCGAGCGACCUCUUUGGCUCGACUUCUCGAACCCAACCAUCACCCUGAUAGAGGAAAGAAAAGAAUGGCCUGACGAUUAUGUGAUUGUUCCAGCAGAGAACAGAGACGGUUGGGUCUAUCUUGUCAUCACGGCUCCAUCGCUUGAUCGUAUUGGCACCAACAAGACCUUCAGGUCUCUUGCACAUCCGCUACAUCUACACGGGCACGACUUUGCCCUGCUCGCCCAAGGCACAAACUCUUCGCAGAUAAAUGACCCAAACAACCCCGUCACUCUCAAAUUCGACAAUCCACCUCGACGUGACCUGUUCCACUGCCAUAUUGCCUGGCACGCUUCAAGUGGUUUGGCACUACAGACCAUGGAGCGUGAAGAGGAUCUGAGGAAGAUGAUGACUCCUGAGAAGUUGAAGCAGGUCAAUGAUGGUUGUAAGAAGUGGAAAGAUUGGUAUGGCGACCGGAAGAAUCACUGGAACCCUGUUGGUAUAUUCCAGGACGAUUCUGGCGUUUGA